AUGGACCUUCUUCUUUGCGCCGGUGCAUCGGCUGCCUUCAUCAGCACCUUUUACGUGUGGCCUCGUGAGCGCCGCUUUAUCUCUUCGAGCAUAAACUCGCUUGGCGGUGCUUCCCUCGACCCCACCGUCUAUGUCGACCGCAACAGCGAUGAAGCGAUUCGCAGACGCACCAUCUCGUUGGGCUUUUCCUGUGUUGUGAGCGGCGUCUACCUUGCAUUUGGUACGGCUUCGUCGUUCACCCUGGAGCGGCAGAGUACUUGGCUGCGGCCGGUCAUUCGUUCUUUGUUGUCGACACUGUUGCUGUUUGCGGGGCCAAUUGCCGAGAUGUGUUAUCUCAGGACCUUCGAGGCGCCAGACCGUGCAUUGCAGCUCUGGCGAAACUACGUGAUUUGCCCGAUGGGAGAAGAGCUCUUUUACCGCGGUGUUCUCUUCUCGCUUCUGCACCGCCGUUCCUCCGCGGUUCGCAUUGGAGUCUCUGCCAUCCUUUUUGCGCUUUCCCACAUACAUCAUCUGGUGUCCCUGGCAAGCGACGCGUACAGAAGAUGCGAGGACAACGAGACCGAUAGGAAAGACCUCGACGGCAGAGAGCGUGCGUGCUGGCGUUCAGCUGGGCGCACCAUCUGCGGCGUGUUCGUCUUCACCACCCUUUUUGGUCUCCUGGGCGGGUACUAUUAUGAGCAUGUCUGUGAGGGUAGCAUUAUCGCUAUCGCUGCAGCCCACGCCCUGUGCAACAUCAUUGGCCCUCCCGAGCUAACAGUGCUGCGGGGCAGCCAGUUCACUGCAUUUGAAAAGGCGGCUAGCGCAACCCUCUACGUCGCUGGUGUCGUAGGGUGGGCUUGGACGCUAUUGCUCCACUGA